ACGCCCAAUGGGCUGAAUGACCCUGGUCCAUUUUAACACGCCCCUAGGGCAACUUCGAGGGAAACCUAGGGUUCUUUGUUUCCUUGCUCUGCAUUCGUCCCUCAGCUGAAUCGCCAAGCUCUCCAAAAUGACCAAAAGAACCAAGAAGGCUGGUAUUGUUGGGAAGUACGGUACCCGUUAUGGGGCUAGUUUGCGGAAGCAGAUCAAGAAGAUGGAAGUCAGUCAGCACAGCAAAUACUUCUGUGAGUUCUGUGGCAAGUAUGCAGUGAAAAGGAAGGCUGUGGGAAUUUGGGGAUGCAAGGACUGUGGCAAAGUCAAAGCAGGCGGUGCUUACACAUUGAACACUGCAAGCGCUGUAACCGUUAGGAGCACCAUCAGAAGGUUGAGGGAGCAGACUGAGAGCUAAGAUCUGAAUUGCUAUGGAAAGGCUUUUACCCUUGCCAGAAAAUGCUUCCGAUUUAGUGGGGUUUUUUUUUUUUUCUUUUUCAGUUUUGAUGUUUGGUUAUGUACUUGAGGCAGACCUGAAACAUGGAAAGGAAUUAUUCUGAUGGUUUAAAACUUUUCUUUUUCUUUUAUGAAUCAUUUAUCUUGUGGUUGCAUUGUGAUUA